AUGACAUUCUCCUCCAUCGACCGCUCAACCGUGUCAAGCUCCCAAGGAUGCUUUUGCUACAAAGCACAGCAUAUGAGCGACCGAUUGCUCACGGUUCACGCAAACGCCGAUGUCCUUCCUACCUGGAUUCGUCGCCAAACGCGGACACGAUUCACCAAGGCUCACCAAUCGCCGAACAAACAAAGGCUGAGCCAUCCGGACUUCCCACCGAGGAGAUUCUGGCGAAACCUCUCCAAGCUGCAUCUAACAAAAAACGCGUUGCGAGCAUUAGACGGUGACGGAGGCGUCGGCCCUUCAAACUCGACGCUGAGACGGAUCGACGAGCGACCAGCAGCCAGCCGAGAGUUUCCUUCGCAGCUGCUCCCCGACAUCAUCGAGACAUAUCCGUCGUUUCGCGUCACAUGGUGGUCCAGAUCUCAGGGAUUUGAGAGGGACAAUAUGGGCUUGCGAGAGUUGAUUCUCGGCCGUCGAAAGCGAGGUUCUCAAACUCCUAUUAAGAGCGGUGAGACACGAAACACGACCACAACAAAGAGCACAGGUCCAUACGAUGGUAAUUUCCAGCAACAUUUGAUAAAUCGUGGAGUCUACCCCGUCCGAUAUACCUAUCCUGACGGCAAGGCCCUGCCGCGACCCGAUAAUGUGGACGAAAUUAAGCGAGCACUUGGGCAACGCAGACCCUCACUUUCCCCCUCGCAAUUCUCAGAGGCCGCGUUCGAAGCAUUCCAGGAUGCAGAUACGCAUGCUGCUAAGGAGGCGCAGGUCAUGGCAAGAGUCAUUCCAAUCAUUAAAGGAAAGGUAGAAGAUCCCAAAUGUGCUGCAGGACAGCUACCAUUUAGGAACCUCGACCACUUAACUGAUGGUUCGCUGGUGCCUGGGAACCCGGACAUAUACUAUGGCGCGCGUCCCGAACAGCUUCGACCGGCAAUAUAUGACGAGCUUGGCGGCCAUAUUAUACCUUUAGCCCAGGACAGUCUCCCCGUGGCGCCGAACUUCUUUCUCCACGUGAAGGGCCCUGGAGGAUCUCUAGCAGUCGCAUCCCGACAAGCGUGCUACGACGGAGCACUAGGGGCGAGAGGUAUCCAUGGCCUGCACUCGUACAAGCAGUCGGAGCCACAAUACGACAAUAAGGCCUAUACACUCACGUCAAUAUACCACGGUGGCCAUCUCAAAAUGUACACCAGUCAUAUGAUACCACCAUCUACGCCUGGAGGACGACCUAAUUUUGCCAUGACGCAGAUCAAAACCUGGAGUCUGACUGCUGAUGCCGAUGCCUUUCGACAAGGAGCUGCUGCGUAUCGGAACGGCAGGGACUGGGCAAAGCGACAGAGGGACGAUGCGAUCAAGCAAGCAAACGAGAGAGCAGCUGAGGCCGAAGCCGGUGCCUCUCCUUUUGGUGGUGGUUUGGGAUUGAGCUUCGCAAGCAAGGCGUCGGCUGGCGAAACGAUCGCCACGAGCCAAGGGACGAUCGUCGAUCCCGCUGCCAACAUAGCACCCUCUUACGAGUCUGAGACCUCAGCAGAUGAACCGUCGCUGGAUGCUCGAGAAUUCCGACCCGUCAAACGCACGAAAUUGCAUUCUCCGUGA